ACUCUGCUAUAUUUCAUCACUCUCAGCUGGACUUACAAAUCCAACAGUUCAAAGAGCAGCAAUAAGAAAACAUGACGCGCUUCCCACAUCAGAGCUGCUGCUUCUGCUUGAAUAUACAGAACACCAUUACAUUCCAAACGUCCAUAUUACACAAGACGAAGAUGAUUGAUUGUUUUUCUCGGUUUGAUAAGCCAAGCACAUAAAUGUGUACAAAAUAACGGGAGAUCAACAUCACUAACAAAAUCAUUCACACAAAUGACCCUUCUAAAAGGCAAAUGAUUUACAAUUAGGUGCAGCUGCAGAACAAUAUUCAUAACCACCAUGCACAUUCUUUGUAAGUGAAACAUUACCUGAUUUGUAAUUAGUCUGUUGACACUAAUAUUAAACAAUCAAAGAGGAAGAGAAAAGUAAAUGAAGUCCCAAAAUAAUUUAUGAAUUGAAUGUUUUGACUCUCAUCCUACUUGUUUCUUUUAUUUUUCUGUUUAGAGGUUCUGAUUAAUCCAGGGAGGGGGGGUGGUUGGGAUGUUGUGUUUAUCAUCCGUUUUCCAGGACGUGUACAGGAGAGGAACGCGUCAAGGUUCGGAAUGGAGGAAAACCAGGAAUCCGGGUUGAGAGGAGGAUCCACAAAGAUUCUCGGAUCCAGGAACACCAACGCUCACCGCAGGGAAUCACAGAACCCACGACCAGAGGAGAUGCUAAUGUUUAACACGACCAGAGGAGAUGCUAAUGUUUACCACAACCAGAGGAGAUGCUAAUGUUUACCACAACCAGAGGAGAUGCUAAUGUUUAACACGACCAGAGGAGAUCGGGUCAAGAAGGAACAUCUACCAGAUUCUUUAAUGCAGCCAGCCUGAUGAGGUGCAGAUUUACAGAUUUACACAACAGAGCAGCCAGGCGAGGAAAACCCCCCGGUGCAUCCGGGAUAUGGAAAAAUAUUUCCUUUUCAUCUCGUCCUGUACAGUGGUCUGUACAGGACGAGAUGGCAUUUGUAUUUCUUUGGAAUAUUGCACACAAUUGUGUUCAUGAAAGCUAUUAACGAUGAUCCACUAUUCUAAAACAUACAUUUUGACAACAUACUUUUGAGAAAAAGGAAGUGGGGUAACACACGUUUUCCUUUCACACAUAGAAAGAGGACACUUCCUGUUUUGUGUCGAAUUUGUGAAAAGAUCAAAAUCCCCCCCAGUUUGUUUGCUCAGUGAAAGCAAAAGCUUCCGGGUUCAACAGCCCUGAGUAGAUAACUCAAAACAAAACCCAUCAGAGACCGGUUUGUCUUGUUACUGGUCAAAUGUCACGUCAUGUAACGCUGAACAGGAACGAUUAUAGGAACAGACAACAGAAAGCUACAGAAACAGAGGAAACCAAAGUAAAAGUAGGAGAGAUAAGGAGAAGUUUAAUAUUUGUAAUAAAGAUUUUUUUUUUUUUUAAAUCAAGUGAAAAACCUUUCAAGAAUAAUCACGUGCAACUCCAUGUUGAUUUUAAGAAACACAUUGCAGGCAAUGAUCAGAUGGAAAAAUGUGAUUUAUGGCUGCGGUGUUAUUCUUAUGUAAUCAAUAUAAUAGAUGGUGGUGAUGUGAUUCUGUGUGUAUUAAUAUCAUAUGUGCAUGAAGUAAGGAUCGUUAAAGGAGGCAGAUCGAGGCAUCGGGGAAGAAAAAAAAAAAAAGUACUGAACUGAAACAGAAACAAAGACUUGAAGGUAUUUACCAGCACAGCAAGGCGCUUGGAGUUGCAAAACAUCGUCCCAAAACCUUGCCAGGUGCAAAGUGAGGAAGUCACGUCCACCGAUGGUCAUCAUACAGCCCUGGAAUUAUCAAACGACGAGCGGAGAAGAAUUCAGCUCGAGUUUCUCUGAAGGAAGAUUGGGAGCAGAGAUCCCAAAGUAGACUUUUAUUUGCAGGGUUUUGGGGGGAAGACGAUCCCCAGACUGACCAGAGAGUUUCGCUGGAGCCACAGGACAGCCCUCGAUUUUGAACUUCACUCUCAAGAUUUUACUCAAAUAAGAUUCCCUAUUUUUUUUUGGUGACAAGAUUUCCCCUUCCCAUCAUGUCUUGGUCCCGAUCCACCAAUCAAGAGCCGUCUUACUGUAAAGAUCCAGCUACUUGGCAGGACGGGAAGAGCCGCCUGCAGCAGACGCAGGAGGAGGUGGAGCAGGUGAAGGACAUCACGAAGGACAACAUGGAAAAAGCCGACGAGCGAUCCGGCAAACUGAACGACCUGGAGCAGCAGGCCGAGGAUCUGCUGGAGAAGAGUAAAGUUUUUGAAAAAACAACCAGGACGUUGAAGCAGCAGAAAGAAAUAUCCAGCAAGAACAAGUGUGGUGGCAGGACUCAUCAUUUUGGGACUUGUCAUCGUUGUUAUUGUAAAAGUUGCAAUAUAGCAUAAAAAGCAAAAGCUUCCUGGCAGCUGAAAGAGAACAACAAAUGAGCUGAGGAACAGUUGAUCCUGAACAGCAGAAACGACUCUGCUGCAAGAUGAUACAAAAUAAAUUUUGUUCUAUGAAAAAAAAAGAAGUGGUUUCAUCUCCUGCAUACUGUAAAGCACAGGUGUCAAACUCCAGUCCUGGAGUCCCACUGCCCUGCAACGUUUAGAUGAGCCUCUGCUGCACCACCUGAAGAGAAUAAUUAAGACUCUGGAAAACUGAUCUAC